AUGGAGAAACUUGAGUACAAUCAUCAAUUGUCUCGAAAAGGAUAUGCUGGUUUGGAGGAUCAAUUGGAGGAAACCAUGCCUAGGGUAGAAAUUGAUCGAUCUACCUUAUGGAAGAAAGCUAGACAAGACAAAGAUGAUGAAUUGCAAAAACAAGUCGCUGAAGGUAGUCUCAGUGUAUCUAGCAGUAAUGAUGUGUUGACCUUGGCUUUGGGUCUCGAGCAUCCAGGGAGAGUAAGAGGGGUAGGUGCUGGGAUUUCCCCUAGGCAAUACUUCAAUUUACCUAGACAACAGAGGGUAAAGUUUGCCGAUCAAUUAAAGGAAAGUGUAAGAAUUGUCCUUCAAGAAGAGACUAAGAAGAUGGAAGCUAGAUCAAGGGAAGAGACUUUAAGGAUGGAGGCUAGAACCAAGCAAUUGGUAGAGGCUGAGAGGGAACAUUUACUGAGUCAGCUUUCCCAACUCAUCCCCAAUUUUGAUCCAAGCAUGCUUAAACCGAAAACUAGCCCCUGUCAAAACCAAGGUCUAGAGCAAAGUCCCAAAAAUCCAAUGUCUGACAAAGCAAGCUGCUCUGGGGAUGUGAGAUCCCUACAUUUUGAGGAUGAUACUGCCAAAAAUGGGGAAAAGCAGGAAGAAAUGGUAACAUAUCUGAACUUUGAAUUCUCUGUUUUUUUAAAAAGCUAUUAG